UCCGAAACAUAAUCCACGUCGCAGUCUCAAUUUCUCAGCAGUACAAGGCAGCAAAGCAAAUGUCGUCCGUCUUGAAGGAUCCUCUGGCGCGCCAAGAAGCGUGGCGAUCAGCGUACUCUGCCUCCAAGAACAUCCGCCAGAUGCUUCCUGGCUUUGGUCUUGGUCUGAGUGCGUUCAUGCUCUACGUCGCCGUCGACGAGGUCAACGAGCGCAACCGCCAGCGCGCCGCCGCAGCCAAGCAUCACGCUUCGGACGCUCACGCUGCACCUGCUGCCGGGCACCACUGAGCGCUCCCCUCCCUAAAGACCUUCGUCAAUCCCAUGGCUUUGGUCUUUUGCAUCGGACCCUUCUCGUAUCUGCUAUGAAUCACCACAUUUGCUCUGUCAAACUCUGCUCAGACCGAAGUGUCGGUGAUGCGCUGUCUGUCGAAUCCUCAAGAUUCCCUGCCUUGCUCUCCUCGUUUCAAUGUUUUCUGUGAAUUCCCUUCUUGUGUUACUGUCAUGCAAUAGACAAAACCAACUUGUACAUCGACA